CAAAUUAGCUUUUGUCUAGCUUGUUGACCUUUGAUCCCUAUCUAUCAACAAUGAGCUUUCAAGAGAAAAGAGAGUUUGACAAGUUUCUCAAGUUUUUGACGGCCAAGGUGGUACAGACGGUGGUCCAGUCUCGGAGAGGAGACAAGAUACGAACACGUUCCGUACCCACUGGUAAUGACUGGUUCAACUUGUCCCUGCCUGAUGACAAGCAAGUGAGUGCUGAGUUGAGACGAUCAUUAGAGGGACGACUACCAGAGCAGGAUUGUCCGGUAUGCCUUGAGAUCAUUAUGGACACUAACGAUGGGGACUCACUCGUACUGGAGACAUGGACUUUGACCCUUGACCCACAGUCACGUGACAUUAGUGUGUCAGUGGGCCACUCCCUUUAUCCUCGACUCAGCCUCAUGCUCAAGAGUGUCAUCACCCUCUCACGCUCCACCCCGGCUUAUCGCUACUCCCGCCACUUGGAUGAUGGGAACAAGUUCAAUUUCAGAGUGUACUGUGGUCAUCCUGAUCUCCCUAACUACGAGAGAGAUUUCAAACACGUAAAAUUUGCGUCCACUGCUUGUCCAUACGGCACCAUCAGCAUAUCCCUGAGCUAUCGGAGCACCCUCACACUGCACGGAGAGAGAUCUAUCAGCGAGUCUUUGUUGCCAACUCAGCAGUUUUCACCUCCUAAGGACACUGAACAUACCUCGUUGAAGAGGAUGGAGCUGCCAUUUGCGGAGGGUCAUUACUCACCGAUCAACAAGAGACAACCCCAUCAUCCGUUCAGUUCGGUCUUGCCUAGAGAGAUCAUCGAGAGACAAGAAUCAGCAGGCACUGUGCAAGGUGAUGAUGACCCAGUGAUGGAGGGGCUGGACUCACUCUCAGUGACGGGGGAACAGGAGGGCUUCCUACUCGUCAAUGUCGGAGAUAUUAAGCCAGCUUUUGUCGCUCGUACAGCUAGUGAUGAGCUGAGUGAAUUGCUCCAAGCUUGCAACGAAGAAACAACUUUAGACUUGUUUUCUGCCGAAGGGUCGAUGAACGUCACAGCUGCUAUGGAAUUGGUUGCAAGUCACAGCAUCAAAGAAACUAACUAACCUCUCACCUCUCUUGAACUAGCUGCCAUUAUACUCUUACUAUCCAGUCAUUCAUUCAAAGUGUUCAAUUCAACUUAUCAUCACUCUGCAUGUUAUACAUUUUUAUUGUUGUCUUUGCUUUUAUUCAUACUUAUAAAGUUUAUGUAUUGAGCAGUUUCCGAUAAUAAUUAUACUGAUUAUGACAGUGUGUAAUAUAAAUAAUGAUAAUAAUUGUUCGUUGACAGACAAAACACUAGCUUAUUAGCAAACAAU